GCACAGCGCGCCCGGUGCGGGGAGGGACCUGCCACCCGCGGCCCCCCACGCGGGGACAGCGAUGCGGUGCGCCCUGAGAUCCCGGUAGCCUCGGAUCUGCGGCGGUGAUGGAUGAGCCGUGGUGGGAAGGGCGCGUCGCCUCGGACGUCCACUGCACUCUACGCGAAAAGGAACUGAAGCUGCCUACCUUCCGUGCCCACUCCCCGCUCCUGAAGAGCCGUCGCUUCUUUGUAGACGUUCUGACCCUGCUGAGCAGACACUGCCACCUCUGCCCCUCAGCCCGGCACCUGGCCAUCUACCUGCUGGACCACUUCAUGGACCAGUACAACAUCACCACCUCCAAGCAGCUGUAUACUGUGGCCGUCUCCUGCCUCCUGUUGGCGAGUAAGUUUGAGGACAGGGAAGAUCGCGUGCCCAAAUUGGAGCAGAUAAACAGUACGAGGAUCCUGAGCAACCAAAACUUUUCCCUCACCAAGAAAGAGCUGCUGUCCACGGAACUUGUGCUCCUGGAGGCUUUCGGCUGGGACCUCUGCCUGCCCACACCCGCCCACUUUCUGGACUACUAUCUCUUGGCCUCUGUCAGCCAGAAGGACCACCACUGCCACACCUGGCCCACCACCUGCCUCCGGAAGACCAAAGAGUGCCUCAAGGAGUACGCCCACUACUUCCUGGAAGUUACCCUGCAAGAUCAUAUCUUUUACAAAUUCCAGCCUUCUGUGGUCGCUGCAGCCUGUGUUGGAGCCUCCAGGAUCUGCCUUCAGCUCUCUCCCUACUGGACCAGAGACUUGCAGAGGGUCUCGAGCUACUCUCUGGAGCAUCUCAGCACGUGUAUUGAAAUCCUGCUGGUAGCGUAUGACAAUGUUCUCAAGGAUACCGUUGCUGUCAAGAGCCAGGCAUUGGCCAUGGUGCCUGGCACAUCACCAGCGGCCACCCAAAUGCUGUUCCAACCGCCCACCUACCCUACGCUCAGCCAACCACCGCCAACGCUAGCCCAGUUCCAGAGUCCAGUGCAGGACUUGUGCUUGGCUUAUCGGGACUCAUUACAGGCCCACCGCUCAGGAACCCUGCUCUCAGGAGACACUGGUCCAUCCCUCCACACCCCAUACCCAACCCUCCAACCCUUGGAUAUGUGUCCUGUGCCCAUGCCUGCAUCCCUAAGCAUGCAGAUGGCCAUUGCAGCUGAACCCAGGCACUGUCUUUCUGCCACCUAUGGAAGCAGCUACUUCAGUGGGAGCCAUAUAUUCCCCACAGGUUGUUUUGACAGCUAGGCCACAUUUGGACAACGCGGAGAAUCCUGGAAGACCCGGAUUGAGGAAGUGGACACCUAAGAGGGAGAGCUCAGCCAAGUAAGGCAAAGAACCUAGUACCUUUCAAUAGUGAGGGUCUAUGUGCUUUAAAAAAAAUAUGAACAACCAGAGCCAAACAUCCAGGGACAUACCUCACCCAACAGCGUCUCUCUGGGAACCCUCUUCCUUGUAUGGCUGGAGGACAAAGACGUGGCUCUGUGGCCAUUCCCUUGAGCUGGGGGAGGCAGUGGAGCACAUCAGACUUGGUAAGAGGCUUGGACAUUGCGGACUGCAUAGAGAUCAGUAGCACAACCGGGCUUUUCUAAGACUACUCGUCACAGCUAUGCCACUGAGAAAAGAAGGGGCAGCCGGGCAGUGGUGGCGCACGCCUUUAAUCCCAGCACUUGGAAGGCAAAAGCAGGCGGAUCUCUGUGAGUAUGAGGCCAGCCUGCUCUACAGAGCAAGUUCCAGGACAGCCAAGCUUAAACAGAGAAGCACUGUCAGGGAAAAAUCAAAAAGAAAAAGAAAGAAAAAAAAGAGUUGGCACCUGGGAUAUAUAUCCUCUGUGUCUCUAGAAGAUCCAUCCCGAGUGUUUUUCUCUCCCUAGCUCCACACCAAGGGCACAGUUGUCUGUGUUUAUGCCCAAGCACUGGCCCCAGGAGGUACAGUGGCUAUCUUGCCCUUUAUUUUUUUGAACCUCAAACCUUUUUCGCCCUUCUAGAUGUUUCACGUGCUGCUGCUUCCCAGAACAAUCCAGCUUUCUCUCCUGCAGAACCACCUUGUUUACAUACUGUGUCAGGGAUUCUGUAAUACUUGAAAAUUCCGUAAGAGGAAAACGUUUGAAUUGCCGCCCUGUCUGUCCCACGUUGAGGCUGUGUCUUUUCCUAACCCAGCUUGUGAGCAACCAGUGUGUAACCACAGCGGGUGGGGAUGGGAGGGGGCACACCUCCCAGGCCCUCAGCUCUGAAAUGUCCACCCCUGGCAUUCUAGGGUUCCCCCGUUGGACUUGGAUCACUGCCCCCUGGUGGGGGAAUGUUGUUGAAAGGAAGACAAAGGUUUGAACUGGUCCUCACUUCCCUCCAUGCUUGUAGUAUGAGUGCUAAGGUGAAACCAACCCCAGCGUUGAGUGUGGUCAGUAGUAAAAAGUAAUGAUACUGCGGGAUAUUUGAAAGCUAGGGGGAUGACCAUGGGAUAGGACGCCAGCGCUGACAGGCCAGGGAUUGCUGGAGCAAAAGCCAGU